AUGGAGAUGUUUUGGACCAUCCGCCCGCCUGGAGCGCAACCCAUCUCCAAUCCCACCACACAAACCCUCGAACCAGACGUCCCCCCACCACCUCCUGGAAGCCCGCACUCGCGUCAUUCAGCCCCAGCAAUCCUGACAUCCCCACCCCACAACAUCCCACCCCACAUAUACACCAACAAGCUCCCCAGCACGCCCUCCCCCACGAGAAGAAAACCAGCCAUAACCCUCCUCCCCGUCCUCCCCGCAACACCCUACACCGACGCCGCCACCCCCCGCGCCGAAAAAUCCCUCGCUUACAUCACAGCCCAGCGCAAACUGCUGACCUGGUUCGACCUAAGCGCCGCAGACCAACUCCCACAUAUCAUCGCGCGCCGCCUGACUGCUGCGCUGGGGACCCCGUCGCCCACCGCAAAACAGGCGCUGCGCUUCUGCUACUAUAUGCGCUCGCAGGGCUUCGACACGUAUGCGCGGAUCAAGAGCGGGCGGAUGAGUCUUUUCCUCGCGGAUGCGGAGACUUGGGAGCGCAGUGAGGAUCGGGUGUAUUGGACGCAGUUUGUUGGGACGGAUGUGGUCGAGGAUAUUCCGAUGGUUGAUGCGGCGAUGAGGAGGGAUCCGAUGGCGAGGACGAGGGCGGUGGCUGAGUUUGGGCUUGUGGGGGUUGGGGAUGGGCCGGGGGAGACGGCGCUUGACGAUGUGAAUUCGGAGUGGGAUGAGGAUGAGGAUGAGGACGAGGACGAGGACGAGGACGAGGACGAGGACGAGGAGGCAGCGCUGGACCGGGAUGCGGCGGCGGCGGCGGUGCUGGCGAUGAAUAUCGUGUCCAAUGGGCCGAUGAGCAGGGACGCGAUGGCGAGGCAUAUGGCGGCUGCGAUGGAGAGGGAUAUGGCGUCGAAUGCGGCGAUGCAUAGGCAAGCCAUGGCGGGGAUAAGGGAGGCGAGGAGGAGAAGGAGGAGGAGGGAAGCGAGGAUGGAGCGAGGGUGGAGUGAGACGGUGCCUACGCCUACGCUUGAUGCGACGUAUGCUGCUGCUGCGAGGCGGAGGGAUGAAGCUGAGAGGCAGAGGGAUGAAGCUGAGAGGCAGAGGGAUGAAGCUGUGAGCGAACUUGCUGCGCUUGAAGAGUCUCUUCGUGCGGUUCGUGGGCGGGAGUAG